AUGUCUUCUAUCACUAAACGAGAAUUUACUGAGCUCUCACUUGACGGGGGCAACUAUUUAACUUGGGCCCUAGACAUCGAGAUUCAUCUCGCGUCUAAAGAGUUUAGCCAAACCAUUGUUGCUAUGUCACAGUGUACUGACGCCCAGAAGGCGCAGGCUCUCAUUUUCUUACGUCACCACUUGAACCACGACCUGAAAAAUGAAUACCUGACUGAAAAGGACCCUUUUGCAUUAUGGAAGUCCCUGAAGGACCGUUUUGACCAGCAGUCAUCAAUUGUACUCCCUCAAGCCCAAUUUGACUGGCUUAAUCUUAGGUUUCAAGACUAUAAGUCAGUAAUUGAUUACAAUUCGGCGCUUCACAAAAUAGUCUCGCAACUAAAGCUCUGCAAACAAGAAGUUUCAGAGAAAGAUUUAAUUGAAAAGACCCUAUCUACUUUUCAUGCGAGUAACCUUGUACUCCAGCAGCAGUACAGGGCAAAGAAUUAUGAAAAGCAUUCUGAGCUUAUAUCUGCACUUCUUGUGGCCGAGAAGCACAACCAGUUGUUGAUGAAAAACCAUAACGCACGAUCGGUUGGGUCUGCACUAGUGCCUGAUGUUAGGAACAUAUUGUAA